AUGGCUCCAACAAGUUUCAAGAUAAAUUUCUUCACCAUUUUUAGUACAAUAACAUCCACAGCUCUUGUACAUUCUCUAAAAAUCAUUGCAAGACGAAUCAGAUGCAAACAUGCUGCUACAAUUUCAACAUAUCAUUUUUUAGCAACAUGGUGUAUGCUUGAAUUAGCAGCGUUUACAAAUAAUAUCAGAAGGACAUCAAAUAUUCCCAUUUUUAGUCGUAUUAUUCUAGCAAUUCUCGUUAUUUCAUCUGUUUUCUUACAAAAUGCUUCACUUCAGACAAAUUCAUUAUCAUUUCAUCAGUUAUCCAAAGCAUUUAUCAUACCAGUAAUACUAUUUCAUAAUAUUUUUGUUCGACAUUUCAGACAUAAAUCUAUUGAAUACGGAUCUAUUUGCCUUGCUAUUUUUGGAACUUGCGUAAUGUGCAUCACCGAUCUUCAGUACAGUAUUAAAGGCAUGUUUUACUCAAUUUUCGGAGUUAUCACAACAGCAUAUUCCCAAUUACUCAUAGAAGAUUUUCAAAGGAAAUAUCAAAUGAACGGUGCAGAGCUCCAGCUUUCAGUUAUUCCCUAUGAAUUUAUAUCUGGAAUGAUAAUCUCGACUUUAUUAGAAGCGACCGGCGAAGGAAGCUUCAUGACUUACGAUUUCCAGCUUUUAGAUUUACUUCUUUUCUUAUUUACAUGCUUUUUGGCCAUUUGGGUCAAUGUUUCUGCUUUCAUGCUCAUUGGAUAUACCUCUCCAUUAUCAUUCCAAGUUACAAACAGCCUUAAAUCUAUCUCGAUAUUACUGUUAUCCAUGUUUGCUAAUCCACUUGGCGGAGAUAAUUUCACACAAAACAUUUUAACUGUUGUUGGUGCAUUUUUGAGUAUAGUUGGCUAUAUAUUCUUUAUUAAUAGCACAUCUAAAGUUAUAAAAGGAAAUCCUGAAGAAAUGGUACCAUUCAUUUCCGAUAAGCAAUAG